AUGGCGGGCGGAGGAUUUGCAUCAGCAGCUGGGAACACCGAAUUCGAAGCGAAGAUCACAUUUACUGUCAUCAUUUCUUGCAUAAUGGUCGCCACCGGUGGUCUUAUGUUCAGUUAUGAUAUUGGAAUUGCCGGCGGUGUCACAUCAAUGCCUAACUUUCUGCAAAAGUUUUUCCCAGAAGUAUACAGAAAGACACAGGAGCACGGGAGUGAUAGUAACUACUGCAAAUAUGACAAUCAAAACCUUCAAUUGUUCACAUCCUCACUCUACCUUGCAGCUUUGGUUGCAACCAUAUUUGCCUCUGGAGUCACCAGAAAACUAGGCCGCAAGAAAACUAUGUUGAUUUCUGGGUUUUUCUUCAUUGUUGGAACUGUCUUAAAUGCAGUGGCAAAUACCCUUCCCCUCCUCAUUAUAGGCAGGAUCAUACUUGGUUGCGGUGUUGGUUUCGCCAACCAGGAUGUGCCGGUUUUUCUUUCUGAGAUUGCACCCACAAGAAUUCUUGGAGCACUUAACAUCAUGUUCCAACUUAACAUCACCAUUGGAAUUCUCAUAGCAAACAUUGUCAACUGGUUUACUGCUCUAAUUGUGCCGGCUCUAUUGCUAACAGUGGAGGCCCUCGUAGUGGAUGGCACUCCUAAUAGUCUUAUUGAGAGGGGUUUUGAGGAUGAAGGAAAAGUUGUGCUCAAGAAAAUUCGUAUUGUAGAAAAUGUUGACCCUGAAUUUGAAGAUAUCGUCAAAGCCAGUAAAGUGGCUAAAGAGGUCAAGAACCCCUUCUCCAACCUCUUCAAGCGCCACAACCGUCUUCCUUUGAUCAUUGCCAUCUUGUUGCAGCAUGAUGCUUCACUGUACUCAGCAAUGAUCACAGGAGCUGUGAAUGUUCUCUCCACAUUGGUUUAUGUGUUCUUAGUUGACAAAGCAGGGAGAAGGGUGCUCCUGUUGGAAGCUGAUUCUAGAUCUUCUUAUUUUUCUCGGCUUGGGUGCUUGCCAUGUCAUUAUUCACAGUCUUCCUAA